UACAAUGCUAGAGUCUAUCAGCAGUCAAUAUGAAGACAUCCGCACACUUCUGGAAGAGCGAAGGGAAGUUAACCGCCUCACAAACUUGGAUGAAGAGGCUCUCUCCGACUUUGUUGCAUUCCUGGAGCGAUUUAAGGAAGCCACUAAAGCUUUAGAGGCAUCGAAAACCCCGACGCUCCAUCUAACCAUUGUUUGGUAUGAGCGCAUCAGACGCCAUUUGCAAGCUUCUUCAAAUGAUAGCAUGACCAUUUCCUCACUGAAGGAGAAAUGCCUCAGUAUUCUCCAGGACAAGUUCGACAUUCAUCUUUUACAUAGACUUGCAAUGUUACUGCAUCCUAAACUGAAAAGUUUGAAGCUACUUGCUGACAGUAGUGAAGUGACAAGCGUGCACAGCGAGUUGCGGCGCCUUGUGAAAGACCUCAAGGAUAAGCGUGGAAGUCCUGAACAGCAGUGCCACCACCCCCCACCGGAGAAGCGAGUUCGAGUGUCGGCGGACACUUUAUCAGACGUAGAAGAUUCCAGUGACGAGGCCCCGCAAUAUCAGGACGAAGUGGCUGCUUACAUCGAUCACAAAACGCCAAAAGAUGACCCUUUUGACGUUUUGUCAUGGUGGCAAGAUCAUGCUUGCCUUUUCCCUUAUAUUGCCCAGAUUGCGAGGUCUAUCCUCGCCAUCCCUGCAUCCAGCGCUGCAAGUGAGCGAGACUUCUCUUGUGCUGGAUACGUUAUCCAGGAGCGGAGGAGUCAGCUGAAACCGUCAACAGUGGACGAUGUUCUUUUUUUACACAGCAAUUUAAAACACCACGCCACCACAAACAGGAUCUAAUCCCCUCGGGAAAAGGUACAGGCCAAAAUUGCCCUCAUUAGAUAUUGGAUCCACGUCUCAGCCCCAAUUGUAGGCUAU